GCUGCAUGCCCAUGCAUGCACUCACUCCCUUUGCCUAGCCAAACCUUGCGUCGCGGAGACAAAGUAUAAGAACUCGCCGCGGCAAACACGUCGAGGUCGAAACCUGAGCAGAGAUCGAUCCCGCCUACGAAUCAAACCCUGGCCUAGGCAGUAAACACCACCAAGACACCCACCAAAGCGACACAACCACAACUCUUCUCUCUUCUCCUCAUCUCUCAUCUUAUAGUUCAUCGUUCUCAACAAACCCCAACAACCCACACUCUCUACACCAUCAUGCUCGUCGCCACCGCCCUCCUCGCCACCCUCGCCGUCGUCGCGGCCCAGGACCCCUGCGGCCCCACCUCCAAGCCGCCCGUCAGCAGCACCACCACCGCGCCCCCCACCAGCACGACCGCGCCCCCUCCCACUGGCGGCGUCGCGCUCCACCCCAACGGCCAGAACGGCUGGUGCAUCGACAUUGCCGGCGCCAACUAUGCCAACGGCACCCCCGUCCAGCUCUACCAGUGCAACGGCACCGGUGCCCAGAAGUUUGCCAUCCAGCGCGGCGACGGCAAGUUCCAGGUUGCCGGCACCAACUUCUGCGUCGACGCCGGCGUCAACCCCGGCAACGGCUCCAAGCUCCACCUCUGGCAGUGCUACCAGGGCCUCCCGCAGCAGCAGUGGUACUGGACCAACGACAACCGCAUUGCUCUUACUGGCCAGGGCCUCUGCCUCGACCUCCCCUCGGGCAGCCUCUCGAACGGCAACCAGCUCCAGGUCUGGCAGUGCGCCACGGGCAACACGAACCAGGUCUGGAGCAACUAAGCGGCGGACAAGGACGCGCAGUAGCAGUGGCCCCAGCGCCGGCCGGCGCCACCACCCACUGCCAAGCCCCCACGUCCCCCCUCUUCUCUCUCAUCACGACCCGUCGACGCAUGGACACUUUCUUCUCCUUAUUCUCUCAUGGACAAUUUGACACCACCACCACCACCACACGCCGUCCCCGCAGUUUGUAGAUAGGGCGGUACAUUGCUGCAAGCCAAAUGCAAAUAACGUAUCG